AUGCCGAACGGAGGCGGGGGGAUGGCGGAGGAACUUUUCUUGCGACCCCCGGAACAUUUCACCCGCGGGAGCUGGGGGUAUGGGGGGGAACAUUACGAGAACGGACCGGAAGCGGCGGUCAGACCACCCCCGGGGGGGGAGGAUGUGAAAGAGGGACCCUCUGAGAGCCCCGGGACCCCCCCGCGAUGCGGCUCCGCCUCAGGAACGUUUUCCUCGUUUAUUUCGUGGUGUCGCUCGUGGGGCUCUUCUGCGCCCUGCGGGAGCUCGGCCGGCCCUGUCCCUGCCCCCGAGCCCGAGCGGCGCCGGGGCCGCCCCGGGGGCGCGGGGGGGGAGGGGCUGCCCCCGAUCUACGUGGUGACCCCGACCUACGCCAGGCCGGUGCAGAAGGCGGAGCUGGUUCGCCUGUCCCAGACCCUGCUGCACGUCCCCGCCCUGCACUGGGUGGUGGUCGAGGACGCCGCCGCCCCCUCGGCGCUGGUGGGGGGGGUCCUGGCGGCCUCGGGGGUCUCGUUCACGCACCUGAGCGCCGAGACCCCCCCGGAUUUGAGGGGGGGUCCCGGGGCCCCGUCCUGGCUGUUCCCGAGGGGGGCGGAGCAGCGGAACCGCGCCCUGCGCUGGCUGCGGGACACGCGCGGCGCCCACGAGCCCGGCGUGGUUUACUUCGCUGACGAUGACAACACCUACAGCCUGCGGCUCUUCGAGGAGAUGCGCAGCACCCGCGGCGUGUCCGUGUGGCCCGUGGGUUUGGUCGGGGGGCUGCGCCUGGAGCGGCCGCUGGUCUCGGGGGGCCGCGUGGUCGGCUUCCACACGGGCUGGCGGCCGGAGCGGCCGUUCCCGCUGGACAUGGCCGGCUUCGCCGUGGCCCUGCGGCUGCUGCUCGCCCACCCCCGCGCCCGCUUCGACCCCCGCGCCGAGAGGGGCUUCCUGGAGAGCUCCUUCCUGGGGGGGCUGGUGACCCCCGGGCAGCUGGAGCCGAGGGCCGACAACUGCACACAGGUGCUGGUGUGGCACACGCGCACCGAGAAGCCGAAGCUGCGCCAGGAGGAGCAGCUGCAGCGCCAGGGCCGCGGCUCCGACCCCGACAUUGAAGUUUAGGGGGGCCCCGACCCCCCCGGGACCCCCCCGGGACCCCCCCGGGACCCCCCCAGACCUUUAUUUAUCACCAGGACCCCCCCGUUUUUUGGGGGACCCCCCCCUGGUCCCCUCUCUGCAAUAAAAUCUC